UUAGUGAAUGUUCUGGGAACGUUCCCUGUUAGCUGGGAACAUAAGUAAAUACAAAUCUAAAUUAAAAUUCAUGACUUCAACACUUCACUCUUCUGCUAUUAGUUUUCAUGCAGGACCAGAAUUAAUUUGAAAAUAUAAUGCGAUUGAUCAUGUUCACGACUUCCUGUGUUAAAGGAAAUGGUCUUGUGAGAAUAAACUGUGACGGAGGUUCAGUCUUGUUGAAGAAAGACCACAAACACACACAGCAUCAGAUGUGCUUCAGACAAUAUAAGGGUUACUAUAUCAUGGGAUUUAAGUGAACUGAUAAAGAAAAUGUUUCCCAUAUUAAUUUUGCUCUGUUUGUGGCGUCUGGAUGGUGUGUUUGCUGAUACAGAUGCAGUGGAGUCAGUGUCAGUGCUGGAGGGAGAUUCAGUCGCUCUAAACUCUGGUUUUACUGAAAUGAUGGAUUAUGAUCUGAUUCUGUGGAGGUUUGGAGCUGAAAACACUUUAAUAGCUGAAAUCAGUGUAAUGGCCGACAGCAUGACUGUAUAUGAUGAUGUUCUUGAUGAGAGAUUCAGAGACAGACUGAAGGUGGACGAUCAAACUGGAUCUCUGAUCAUCACAAACACCAGAACUGAACACACUGGACUCUAUCAACUACAGACCAACAGUGUGAGCAAGAGCUUCAGUCUCACUGUCUGUGCUCGUCUGCCUGGUCCUGUCAUCAGCAGAGACUGUUCUUCAUCAUCAUCAUCAUCAUCAUCAUGUUCAUUGUUGUGUUCAGUGGUGAAUGUGAGUCAUGUGACUCUCUCCUGGUACAAAGGAAACAGUUUAUUGUCCAGCAUCAGUGUGUCUGAUCUCAGCAUCAGUCUCUCUCUACCUCUGGAGGUGGAAUAUCAGGAUAAAAACACCUACAGCUGUGUGCUCAACAAUCCCAUCAGCAACCAGACCACACAUCUGGACAUCAGUCAACUCUGUCACACAUGUUCAGAAGUUCAUGUCAGUUGUUGCGCUACUGCUGAAGCUGUGAUCCGAUUGGUCGUCACUGCUCUGAUGGGCGUGGCUGCUGCAGCUGCUGUUGUUCUUCUGGUCAAUGACAUCAGAUCUACAAGAGCUUGAAAGAAAACAGAACAGAUCAAAGAUAUUGUGACAUAUAAUGGAGUUUUAAUCAUACAGAUGAAAAUAUGCGUGGUCCUGUUGUUUAAUCAUGGCAAAACAAAGCUUUGCUCUCCAUCUAGUGGCCAAAAUGAUGAAUAUUCUUUAUUUAAUUUUUAAAUUCCCAUCCAUUUUACAUUUAUUUGUUUUCAUUUCCCCCUUAAUUUAUGUUGAUAUUUUUUAUUUUGUUACAUUAUCUGCAGCAA